AGAAAGAAAGAAAGAAAGAAAGAAAGAGCGCGAGUGUGAUGUGUUUUUGUAUCCUCAGUGUUUUUCUAUCUUGCGUGUUUCAUUGAGUGUAAACAGAGGCUUGUCUCGGUGUAUUUUAUUGUAAAGACGAUGCAGGACACUACAGUGUGUGACAGUAAACAGAGCUUACAGGAGGAUCAAACCUCCACAGAGUCUCUGGAUUCUGUCUGUAACGCUGGAGAACAGCAGCAGAUCCUGCAGACCAAACUGAAGAUGUGUUCAGUUAAACUCAUCGACUGCACGAACCUCAUGAUGAAGAUUAAAACAGAAAUCAAAACUGAACCCACAGAAAUCAAAACUGAACCCACAGAAAUCAAAACUGAACCCACAGAAGAGGAAGAUCGCACUGAGGAAGAUGAUGAUUUUAUUCCAUCAGAUGUGAAGAGUGAUUCAUGUUUGGAUAUAGAAAUAACGUCCUCAACAUUAAAAGAGCGACUGACAGCACAAACUCUUUCCUGCAUCACCUGUGGAAAGACAUUCAGCUCACAGAGACAUUUAGAGAGACAUGAGAGAAAACACACAGAACAGAAACUCUUCACCAGAUCUGAGAUCAGCUUUACUACCUUACAAGAGAAGAAACUUCAUUCAGAAGACCACAGAGAGAAGAAGAGGAGGAGGAGGAAGAAGAAGAAGAAGAAGAAGCAGUUUCACUGUGAGCAGUGUGGGAAGAUUUGUGUCUCUUCCUAUGAUCUAAAUGUUCACAUGAGGAUACACACUGGUGAAAAGCCUUUCAACUGCACUGAAUGUGGAAAAUACUUCAGAACCAAAGAAAAUCUUAAAGUUCAUCAGAGAAUUCACACAGGAGAAAAACCUUACGAGUGUCCUCACUGUGAGAAGAGAUUUCGCUGUAAUUAUAAACUGAAGACACAUGUGUUUUUACACACCAAUGAGAGACCGUAUCAGUGCAGUGAAUGUGACAAAACCUUUAGGGAUUCAGGUUCAUUAAAAUCACACCAGAAUACUCACAUUAAAGAGAAACUCUAUCAGUGUUCAUACUGUGAUAAACGUUACGGUCAUAAAUGUCAUCUGAUAACCCAUCAGAGAGUUCACACUGGAGAGAAACCUUACGUCUGCGCUUACUGUAGGAAGAGUUUUUCUAAUUCAUCUCAAUUCAGAGUUCAUCAGAGAGUUCAUACUGGAGAGAAACCUUAUCACUGUAGUGUCUGUGGGAAGAGUUUUAGUAUAAACCAUAACUUACUACAUCACCAGAGACUUCAUACAGGUGAAAAACCUUUCAAGUGCUCUCAGUGUGACAAGACAUUUGCUCAGUCACGUUACUUACAAUCCCAUCAGAGAGUUCAUAUUGAAGAGAAACUUCAUCACUGUAAUGUCUGUGGGAAGAGUUUUAGUCAACAGACUAACUUACUAAAUCACCAGAGACUUCAUACAGGUGAAAAACCUUUCAAGUGCUCUCAGUGUGACAAGACAUUUGCUCAGUCACGUUACUUACAAUCCCAUCAGAGAGUUCAUACUGGAGAGAAACCUUAUCACUGUAGUGUCUGUGGGAAGAGUUUUAGUCAACGGCAAAACUUGCUUAAGCACCAGAGACUUCAUACAGGUGAAAAACCUUUCAAGUGCUCUCAGUGUGACAAGACAUUUGCUCAGUCACGUUACUUACAAUCCCAUCAGAGAGUUCAUAUUGAAGAGAAACUUCAUCACUAGUGUCUGUGGGAAGAGUUUUAGUCAUCACUCAAACUUACUAAGGCACCAGAGACUUCACACAGGUGAUAAACCUUUCAAAUGCUCUCAGUGUGACAUGACGUUUACUCAUUCAUGUAACUUAAAAGUCCAUAAGAUAAUUCAUACUGGAGAAAAACCUCAUAACUGUAUUGUAAAAACGGCUAUUUCUAUCUCACUAAUAUUACAUUUCCUCUCUGUUUGUCCGCUAUGCAAUGAGACACACAUGCACGCGUUAUCCUGCCUGGACCAAUGAGCGUUCAGAUAACAACGCAAGUGAUCUACCCCUCCCUCACAGAGACAGCAGCGGAGUUUAGCAGGAUGCGGAGACACUAUCAAAGUUUGCUGCAGUAUAAUUAAUAAGACGUGCAUUCGCCUGUUUGAUGAUGUGUUGUGCGUACAUGCCGAC